GCUGGGCAGCUGCCAGAUCUUCUCUGCGCGCUGGCGCCUUGCUCUCAGAAGCUCCGGAGCCAGGCACGAGAGGGCUGCUUUUUCAGCAUCCCGCUCUCGGGCUGAGGAGGGAGGACUCGUGUUUGUCCUCCUCCUCUACAUAUUGGCUUGACUCUGCUCUGACCCCCACCAGUGCCGCACAGUCUGGGAGAAAAAGCAGAAGUAUGGUGAAGCUCAACAGCAACCCUGGAGAGAAGGGGGCCAAGCCGCCUUCGGUGGAGGAUGGUUUCCAGACCGUCCCCCUCAUCACGCCCUUGGAGGUUAAUCAUUUACAGCUGUCUGCUCCUGAGAAGGUGAUCGUGAAGACAAGAACAGAGUACCAGCCGGAACAGAGGAACAAGGGGAAGUUCCGGGUGCCGAAGAUCGCCGAGUUUACGGUCACCAUCCUUGUCAGCCUGGCCCUCGCUUUCCUUGCCUGCAUUGUGUUCCUGGUGGUUUACAAAGCCUUUACCUAUGACCACAGCUGUCCUGAAGGAUUUGUCUACAAGCACAAGCGCUGUAUCCCGGCCUCUCUGGAUGCUUAUUACUCAGCCCAGGACCCCAGCUCGAGGAGCCGCUUCUACACAGUCAUCAGCCACUACAGUGUGGCCAAGCAGAGCACUGCCCGGGCCAUCGGGCCAUGGCUGUCAGCAGCUGCUGUCAUCCAUGAGCCCAAGCCACCCAAGACCCAGGGCCAUUAGAGGCCUGCCCCAGCUGGGAUGGGGGGAGGCAGAGAGGGGAACCCCCCCAACACACACACAGACACACUAGCUAAGCAAAGCUGGAGCUAUAAGACAACACUGUACUGCUGGGGUACGGGGUGGGGGCGGGGCAGGAUGGGGUCUGGGGAGAACUCCCUGAAAAUAUUGUGCACUGGAGUUGUCUGAAUCGAUCUUUCCUUUUUGUCCUUUCGUAUUGUUGCUUCGUCCCCAAGUCAGGCUCGUGUACAAAGGCAUGUUUCGUGUUGAUUGUUCCCAUGUAAGAUACCUUCAAAGUCACCGCUCAUUCUUUGUUAGGAUAACUUAGAGACAGAAAAGGGAGCCAGAGAAAAAUGAUUUCAAAAGCAUGAAACGGGCUCCACGUGGACGGCACAGCAGGGCGGUACAGAGCACAGCCUCUCUGGGCUUCUUAGAUAAGACACCGUGGCUUCCGUGUGGGCGUCCGAGUAUCUGUGUGGCAAAGGGGUAGGCUGUUGGGUUUGCCUGGGGUCUGCAGGAGAGGAGCCUGGCAAGGCAGGGAAGGAUGAAUUGGAGAGAAAGGUGAUGUUGGCAUUUCUAUACCAGGGGUGCACAGAAUACCACUCAAUGGUGAGUUUGCAAGAUGGGCCCAAACUCACGGGGGAGGCAUCCACUCUCAGCCCUGGGCAGCCCACAGGACCUAGGCUCCGGAUGCUCAUAGGCCGUGUGCAUCAGCGAACACAGGUGUGAGUACAUGUUGUCUUUCUUUAUUAUUUUUCUAGGUGUAUCCCUAGAUGCUGCCCGUGUUUUCAAGACGGCAGGGGUAGAAAGGGAGAGAAAGACAGGAAGAGAGGUGAUAAGAAGAUGGGUCAGGAGGGCCGCCCUAGGCCCAGCUAGAAGCUUAGGCACACAGGUUUUUACGUUUUUGUUCUUUCCCGAAGUGCUAAUGACAAUAGGAACAACAACUGGAUUCUAGCCAGGGAAUUUGAGGGACAGUCGGGAGGAAACUUCAAGAUUGGGUUUGCAGUGGUUGCAGGUCAUUUCUAGAAGCUGGAAAAGUCUUUUGCUCACUUUGUUGUGUUGACAGAGGACAUGUGCCCGAACUCCCCAGCCAGGUUCUAGAAGCACCUGACAGAGAGUGAUGGUCAGCAUCGUUAGGCCUCCCACCCGUACUUUAGCAGGGGCCUCUUGCUUCUUGAGAGCAGUCCAGGAAAGCCCUUUUCUAUGGAGGUGCUGACUCUAGGCCCAAGAGGACCAGAACUGGCCAGGAGAAUUGCUCAUUUGGUAUGUGUUACUGUUUCCCAGUGCCUCUCCAACAGGCCAUGUAAGGGUAUUUUUUGUGGCUUGCUAUAUUGCUGAAAUCGCUGUACACAGCAGCUGGGUAAUAGGAGUAGUGUAGCUCAAACCAUCCUGCCAGAUUACUCUCAUCUGACUUCUCCCUCCUCCCCCAUCCUCCCAUCGCCUCGAGUCACCUGUAAAUUCAUUUGUCAUCUGAAACAGAUCAACAAAUCGUCCCUAGCAAAACCACAGAGCGCUUUAUAAUUUUGUGGUGUAUUUUUGUCAGUAGGUAGCAGAGGCUGAAGUAUUUUUUGGUGUAAUUCUUGAAAUUUUCUGACAGGAAAAAAAAAUAAACAUAGAUGUGUCUGAGA